AUGAAUAAUCACAGAAUAAUCUACUCAGAACUGAAUUUGCCCCAAAACCCGAAGAGCCAGGAGAGAAACUCUAAGAGCAAUAAAAGCUCCAUUUUAGUAACUGAACAGGAAAUAACCUAUGCGGAAUUAAGCCUUCAAACUGCUUCUCAGGAUCUUCUAGACAAUGACAAAACUUUCCACAGUAAAGAUUUAUCGUCACCUCCAGAGAAGCUCAUUGCUGGCAUCCUGGGAAUUAUCUGUUUGGCAUUAAUAGUGACCAUGGUAACAAUAGUUAUUAUUCUUUUUUACAAUGUUUCCUCAGCAUAUAAUUGCAGUUGUCCAGAGGAAUGGUUUACAUAUUCCAACAGCUGUUAUUACAUGGGAAAGAAAACAAAAACUUGGGAUGAGAGUAUGAUGGCAUGUGCUUCUAUGAACUCCAGUCUGCUUUAUACAGAUGAUGAAGAAAUGAAAUUUCUGGCCUCUCUCGUACAUGAAGCAUGGAUUGGAGUCUCCCGUAACAGCAGUGAUCAUCCAUGGGUGUCAAUAAAAGGCUCAACAUUCAAACAUAAGUAA